CAGAGCCCGAAGGCUUCAAAGUAUGUCUGACAAGUACAGUAUUCACUGCGCGCUUAUUUAAAAUACGUUACAUCUCGAAACAAAUUCUAAUAAUAUAUAUAUAUUUUUUUUAAAAGAACAAACAAAAAAUCAUAUUAAGGACUUUAACUUCGAAUGCAGACAGAGACAUGAGUAUCGGUGGAACUAGCCCCGCUGGUGAAAAGAUUUCAAAUUCCAGAUCCUGGAGAAAAUCAUUGGAUUCAGACGGAAGCAUUUUAUCAAACAGACAACCAGAAUGCUACCCAGACUCUGAUUGUUUGAGGGAAGAUAAACAGAUCGCUUCAAAGGCUGUUCUGUUUGUUAUUAACAGUGCGAGGAAAGGGGCUGUCCCCCUGUGCUCAAGUAUUGCUGAACUACUUCGAGAAAAUAGACGCUUACAAAAAACUGUAGAAGCUCAAAACAGAUUGAUCAAGCUGCUAAGGAACAUGCCGCCAGCUUUCCGAGGCUCCACUUCUACAGACUCCCAGACCUGCCCUCGCUCCAGCUCCACUUCUACUGACUCCCAGACCUGCCCUCGCUCCAGCUCCACUUCUACCGACUCCCAGACCUGCCCUCGCUCCAGCUCCACUUCUACUGACUCCCAGACCUGCCCUCGCUCCAGCUCCACUUCUACCGACUCCCAGACCUGCCCUCGCUCCAGCUCCACUUCCAGCAGCUCCUCCCCCUCCACCCUGCUCUCCACCACAGAGGACCUGUGGAGCCCCUCAUCCAGCUCAGGCCGACAGAGUUCCUCCUCGCAGGGAGAGAGUCGAAGCCCCCACUCUUCCAUGCUCCCUCCUCUGGUUGCCUUGAAGGAGUCAGCAGACACCUUGUUCAAACACAGACCACAGAGUAAAGGGGUGUGUUCGUCUGAUAUUCAGACUCAUGCGAAGGAUCAUGUUGCUAAGUCUCCUGCAGUCCAGGCUUCCAAUGCAGAGCACUGUCCCAGGCCUCGGAACGUCCAGAGAAAGAAUGCAGGAACGUUACAACAGCAAGCUUUCAAGAAGUAUGGAGGAGGUAUUCAAACACUCUCUUGCAAAGACCAAGAAGUUGCAGAGAAUGAUGUGAAACACCAGCAAAAGGGAAAUAACAAAACUAGGCGACUUCCGUCAGAGCAGAGAGAGCAAGAAAUGAGUUCUCUUCCAGGUCACAGUUCCGAAUCUAGUUGCUCUCUGGGACAGUUUGAUGUAUCUUCUACAGACAGGAAGCAGCAUUUGAAGCUGGAUGAUUGGGUGCUGUUAGAAAGGAAACUGAAAGGAGUUGUGAGAUAUAUUGGAUUCCUGGCCACAACGAACACCAAGGAGAUCUUUGUUGGUGUGGAGUUAGACAGGCCCUGUGGAGAAAGUGAUGGGGAGAUGUAUGGGAAACGUUAUUUCACAUGCAAACCCAACCAUGGCACCUUUACUCCAAUAUCUGAUAUCCAAAAGCUUUCCAAACCAACUGCCCCACGUGAUUCAGGAAACACAGCAGUGAAUAUGCCAGACUCCAGUGACUCAGAUUGCAGCAGACGUACCUCAAGGAAAAGCUGCAGGAAAUCACUUCGAAGGACAAGAAACCAGCUGCAUAUCAACGCCUUGGUUCACUGUGAGCCACUGAUCAGAGUCGCUAGUGACAAAAGCACUGAAGCACACAGCAGUCAUCCAGUGCAGAGGGAUUACAACAGAGUAACACCACUCCCUUCUCUGGCUCCUGGUUACACGACUGAACACUCAAGGCCAGUUGACAUGAAGGGGUUUCAGAAGGCUUUUUAAUCUGCAUAACAAAACAAAAAACAAAAACCUGCUGCUUUUUCUGUUGAGGACAAUCCAUUUUGGCAAAACAGACAUCAUAACCUUCACAAUGGACCAAGGACCUACAUCUCAAGCCAACAGUAAUACUGUAUAACACAUUUAACACAAAGCUGUAAUAUUAAAAGACUUGCUUUCGGUUUCAACAGCCAGCUAUUUUGUUGUUGGAAAGAAAACAUUAGAAGCUGUAGUUAAAUUCCCGGGGGAUACCUGAAACUUCAUCGAGACAGUAUGCAGAACAACAUACAGGUCUUCAGUUACUCGAUUAAUUACUUAUUAUACGGACACGUUUUAAAUCAAAAUGAACUUUCUUGUUAUUGCUGUGCAAUCAGGUGGAUUUUGGUAUUCUUGCAAGGAAAGUAACGUGUACCUUCCUUAGUCUAGGUUCUAUGAUGAAAGAAAAACUAUUUUCUUUAUUAAUUGUGACAAGAGGUUAAUUAACCCCUCUGCAUAUGUUUGUAGAAUAUAACAGUACUUCUGCACUUGUGUGUAGUAAAUCUAUUUGUUGUGUUGUUUCCUGGGCAUACAUCCCAGAAAGAUUAAUGUAUAAUGCACUUAGUCCAGUUAUAAGCACUAUAUAUAUAUUAAGACCAUUGUUCUGUAUUUGGUAUUGCUUUGGUUUUAAGAGAUGUCUUUGGUAGUGAUUACAUUACGAUAUGGACAAAGUUUUUAAUUCCUUUGUUUGUUUUUUUUUAAUUUUUUUAUUAGUACACAAAAAUAAAAAAUAUUCAAAACUAA